CUCAACUCUACAUCCACCCUCCCGCAAUAUAUAAAAAUGGCACCAAGACCCCCCCUCCCCAGAUCAUCCAGACCCCGACUCUGCUUCCUCGACGUGGGCAUCUCGACCUCAGAACUCAAUGGCCGCAUCCUAACCUGCAAACCAGAUGGCUCCGAUCUUCAGGAGCUCAUCACGCAGAUCAACACCAUGCCGGAUGGGAUCGCCAUCGACGCUGCCCGGCAUCACAUCUAUUGGACGAACAUGGGCGUCCCCUCCGCCGAUGACGGAUCCAUUCAGCGCUGCGACCUCUCGGGGCAUAAUAUCGUGACCGUCGUUCCAAAGGGCCACACCCACACGCCAAAACAGCUGACCAUCGCCCCGCGGGCCCAGAAGCUGUAUUGGGCCGAUCGCGAGGGCAGGCGGGUGAUGCGGGCGAACCUCGAUGGGAGCGACAUCGAAGUGCUCUAUCGUGCGGUCUCCAGCGAGGGCACGGAUACGCCUGCUGUAUAUGACUGGUGUGUAGGUAUUGCGGUGGAUGAGGAGGCCGGAUGGGUGUACUGGACGCAGAAGGGCCCAUCCAAGGGGAACCAGGGCCGGAUCUUCCGGAUGGGGAUUGAGAGGAAACAGGGGGAGUCAGUGGAGCGCAGGACAGAUGUGGAAAGUCUGCUAGAGGCACUUCCGGAGCCGAUUGACCUGGAGCUGGAUCAUGCGACAGGGACGCUGUACUGGACGGAUCGAGGGGAUCCGCCUCGGGGGAAUACGGUUAAUGCGACCGUGCUGGCUGAUCUUGCUGGUUCGAGAGAGAAAGUACAGCCAAAGAUCUUGGUGCGCAAGCUUCAUGAGGGCAUUGGGAUCGCAUUGGAUGUGGAGAACCAGCGGAUGUUCUUCGGUGACUUGGGAGGGUCGUUAUAUUGUGCCAAUCUGGAUGGGUCCUGUAAAUCAACGGUCUUGCCUGAUAUUGGGGGGGCCAUUACGGGGGUUGCUUAUGUAGGUUAAUCAUAUCGACUUAUCAGUUUAAUAAAUC